AUGCGCGAGUCCGGCGGCACGGAAGAGUGGCCGAUCGCCGGGGACGCCGCAUUGGACGCGACGACGUGCGAUGGCGGCGUUAACGGCGGCGCGGGAAGCGGCGGGAGCUCGCCGCGGUCGUCCCCGGGGAGGGAGGCGCCGGGGUCGCCCGGGUCGAGAGGGAGCGGCGGCGGCGCGGCGGGCGGGGGGAAGGCCGCGGAGACGGAGAUCCUGCGCGCGAAGUUCGUGUUGCAUCACUUCGUCGCGCUCGCGGGUUUGUGCGUGGACGACGACGCGAAGGUUGGGGGGAAGGCGCAGAAGGACGGGUCGCCGAACCGUGUCGCGGCGGGCGGCGUCGGCGUCGGCGGCGGGGGCGGCGGGGGAGGGGGAGGGGGAGGGGGGGACCUCGAGCUGACCGCGCGCGAGGCGGACUGCCUAGACUUUAUAUUCGCCCCGAGCGCGGGAGGAGGCGGCGGCGGCGGCGGCGGCGGCGGCGCGGCGUCGUCGUUUAGCUUCAGCGCGACGACCGGGCUCUUCGGGGGGGGCAAACAGACCGCGACGGCGGCGGCGAUCAAAGAUUGGGUCUCCAAGCGCUUGGCGUUCGCCAACGCGCAGCAUCACAACAAAGACGUCGUGAUAAUCGACGGCGUGCACAAGGGCACGGCGGUGCGGACGGCGUCGGACGUCCCUCCGGGGUCCUCCCUCCGCGUCUCCAACUGCCACGACGCGGUGAUUUACCUCCUCGCGCCCGCGGAGUACGCCACCGUCACUCAGUGCGCGGACUGCGUCGUCGUCGUCGGCGCCGCGGCGCGCGCGGUGAAGGUGGAGUCGUGCCAGCGCCUGAACGUCGUCUGCGCGUCGCGCAGGCUGCAAGCGCGGUCGGUGCACGACAGCGUGUUCUACCUCGGCAUCGCGCGCGGGCCGAUUUUCAUCGGCGAGUGCCGGAGAAAUCGCGUCGCGCCGUAUAACACCUUCUACGAGGAGCUCGACGCGCACCUGAGACGCGCGGGGCUGAGCGGCAAGCAGUGCGACGCGUGGGACCGGCCCGUGGUCAUCGCGUCGGGGGUCGGGGGCGGGGGCGGGGGCGCGUCCGGGUCCGGGCCCGGGUCGAGCGGCGGUUCAGGCGGCGGGGGCUCGCGCGGGGGUUCGAACGAGUCGAGCGUCGUAGACCUGCUCCCCGCGGAGAAGUUCGCGCCGUUCAUCGUCCCGUUCCGCGGCGGCGACGGCGACGGCGACGGCGACGGCGGCUCGAGCUCGAGCUCGAGCUCGACGCAGGCGAACCCGUUCUCGGUCCCGGAGGCGUACGUGCGGGCGCUGGAUCAGAAGGUCAGGUCCGUGGCGUCGUUGCGCGCGGCGAUGCGCGACGCCGGGUUGGACGACGACCAGAAGCGGGAGCUUCAGGCGACGAUUCAGGCGUACUUCAAGGAGUGGCUGCUCACGAGCGGGAGCAUGCGGCAGGUGUACGACCUCGCGAGGAUCGAGCGCGGGGAGUAGAUCGUUCGAUCGUUCGAUCGGAUCGUCGUUAGCGACGUACGCGCGGUAGACAUUUUUGGACUGAACCACCUCGCGU